GUACUAGAAUUGGUGCAGUCGGGCAAUUGUUUCCAUUCCAUUAGAAUGUUGUCCUUGUCCUUGCGUUGUCCUUGCGUAGACUCCCCCAUAGUGGGCGAGCGAUUCCCGAGUGAAAAUAAUCACGGAAUGAAAAGAGUAUAGAUGUUUUCCUACUGUACAGUGUUUUCUCUAUCAGUGUUGUCAGUCAUUUACAUUAAUAUUAUCUUUUUCAGAGAUGAAAAAGGAAAGCAAAACUAGAUGUGAAUUUUCUACACAUUUGGCGUUUCUAUACGGAAAACUACAAGUUUACAUAGCUGCACCUAUGGCGACUUAUAUUUGUUUUGAUUUUUUGGUUUCGGACUUCAAAUAAUAUUACUUUUGUUGAUCACAAAUACUAUUCUUCAACUUUCAAAAAACCGUCCACAAUUUUUUAAAAUUAAAUUUUCAUGUCAGCUUUAACAACACUCUUUUUCAGUUCU